AUGUAUGAGGUCAAUAACAGGCAAGGCUGUGUUGAAGCAACAUUUCUCUCUAUUUUUGUGUUCCAGGACCUGCAUCAUGGAAACUCUUGCUGAAGCAAAUGGCACCUUUGCCAUUAGCCUUUUAAAGAUACUCUGUCAAGACAACCCUUCACAUAACGUGUUUUAUUCUCCCAUGAGUGUCUCCUCUGCCUUGGCCAUGGUCCUCCUAGGGGCAAAGGGAAACACUGCAGCCCAGAUGGCCCAGGUGCUUUCUCUAAACACAGAAAAAGACAUUCACUGGAGUUUCCGGUCACUUCUCACUGAAGUGAACAAGGCUGGCACCCAGUACUUGCUUAGAACAGCCAGCAGGCUCUUUGGAGAGAAGACUUGUAAAUUCCUUUCAAUAUUUAAGGAAUCCUGUCUUCAAUUCCACCACGCUGAGCUAGAGCAGCUUUCUUUUGUCACAGCAGCCGAAGAGUCCAGGAGACACAUCAACACUUGGGUCUCAAAAAAGACUGAAGGUAAAAUUCGGGAGUUGUUGCCGGAUAACUCAAUUGAUACACAGACCAAACUGGUUCUUGUCAACGCUAUCUACUUCAAAGGAAGAUGGCACGAACAGUUUGACAAAACAUACACAAGAGAAAUGCCUUUUAAAGUAAACCAGGUAGGGGGGAGCUUUAAAAAAUCAUUCUAUGGAAAGGUGGAAAGAAAACUCACUUUUGAGAAAUUCAUGGCCUGGACCAAGCCAGAGUCGAUGAAGAGUACUGACGUGGAAGUUCUCCUUCCAAAAUUUAAAUUGCAAGAGGCUUAUGACAUGGAAACUGUACUUCAGCGUUUGGGAAUGGUAGAUGCCUUUCAACAGGGCAAGGCUGACUUGUCAGCAAUGGCAGUGGAGACAGACCUGUGUCUGUCCAAGUUUGUGCACAAGAGUUUUGUGGAGGUGAAUGAGGAAGGUACAGAGGCUGCGGCAGCCUCGGGCUUAUUGGUUAUACAGGAUUGUAUGGAAUCUGGACCAAGGUUCUGUGCUGACCACCCCUUCCUUUUCUUCAUCAGGCACAAUACAGCCAACAGCCUUCUGUUCUGUGGUAGGUUCUCAUCUCCGUAAGGGGUGUGCUUACUGUGCAUGUGAGUGCUUCCCUCUUUGCCUGUCCCCAAAUACUCCUACAGCCAAGUGCAAUUGUGCGGGCAGAAUCCUUACCUAACUGAGUGAUUUGCUGCCAUGAUUUCAUGCACUCAGCUCUGCCCAUACCCACCAUUCACUUAUGCCACUGAAUCUAGGUAAAGGAGCACCAGAACAGACAUUAAUGACUCCCUGCUGUAUUUAAGAUGUAUCCCAAAUCCCAUAGCAUGGCUUGCCAAGUUUUUCUAGAAUUCUACAUGCAAUUCAUUUACGUUCACUGUGCUUUCCUGGUACCUCAAAACUUGUCACUUGGCUCCGUGCUCAUGGCACAGGGGUUUUGGCUCCAGCCACAUACACCAAGACUGGUGGGUUCGAAUCCGGCAGACCAGCUAAACAACAAUGAC